AGCCGGGCCGGGCCGGCCGCCGAACCUGGUCUUCGUGCUGGCCGACGACCUGGGCUGGAACGACGUGGGCUUCCACGGCUCACGCCUCCGCACGCCGCACCUGGACGCGCUGGCGGCCGGCGGGGUGCGGCUGGACAACUACUACACGCAGCCGCUGUGCACGCCGUCAAGGAGCCAGCUGCUCACCGGCCGCUACCAGAUCCACACGGGUUUACAGCAUCAGAUCAUCUGGCCCUGUCAGCCCAGCUGUGUUCCUCUGGAUGAAAAGCUCCUGCCCCAGCUCCUAAAGGAAGCAGGCUACACUACCCACAUGGUUGGGAAGUGGCACCUGGGAAUGUACCGGAAAGAAUGCCUUCCCACCCGCCGAGGCUUUGACACCUACUUUGGAUAUCUCCUAGGUAGUGAAGAUUACUACUCCCAUGAGCACUGUGUGUUCAUUGAGGCUUUGAACGUCACGCGAUGUGCUCUUGAUUUUCGAGAUGGUGAAGAAGUUGCAACACAAUAUAAAAACAUGUAUUCAGCAAACAUAUUUACCAACAGGGCUGCAUCCCUCAUAGCUAACCAUCCUCCAGAGAAGCCUCUGUUUCUCUACCUGGCUCUCCAGUCUGUCCACGAGCCCCUGCAGGUCCCAGAGGAGUACCUGAAGCCCUAUGACUUUAUCCAGGAUAAGAACAGGCGUCUUUACGCAGGAAUGGUGUCCCUCAUGGAUGAAGCAGUGGGAAAUGUCACUGCGGCCUUAAGAAGGCACGGGCUCUGGAACAACACAGUGUUCAUCUUCUCCACAGACAACGGAGGGCAGACCCUGGCCGGAGGCAAUAACUGGCCCCUUCGAGGAAGAAAAUGGACCCUGUGGGAAGGAGGCAUCCGAGGCGUGGGCUUUGUCGCAAGCCCCUUGCUAAAGCGGAAGGGCGCGAGGAGCCGGGAGCUCAUCCACAUUUCCGACUGGCUGCCGACGCUGCUGAGGCUGGCAGGGGGCCGCACGCAUGGCACCAAGCCCCUGGACGGCUUCGACGUGUGGGAAACCAUCAGUGAAGGAAGCCCGUCCCCCAGAGUGGAGCUCCUGCAUAACAUUGACCCGUACUUUGUGGACCCCUCGCCAUGUCCCAGGAACAGCACAGCUCCAGCAAAAGAUGAUUCUUCUCUUCUAGAAUAUUCAGCCUUUAACACCUCUAUCCAUGCUGCAAUCAGACAUAGAAAUUGGAAACUCCUCACCGGCUUCCCAGGCUGUGGAUCCUGGUUCCCCCCACCGUCUGAAUACGGUGUUUCUGAGGUGCACUCAUCAGACCCCCCAACCAAGGGCCUGUGGCUCUUUAAUAUUGACCAAGACCCAGAAGAAAGGCACGACCUGUCCGGAGAGCAUCCCCACCUCGUCAGGCAACUCCUAGGCCGGCUGCAGUUCUAUCAGAAACACUCAGUGCCCGUGCACUAUCCGGAGCAGGACCCCCGCUGCGACCCCAAGGCCACCGGCGCCUGGGGCCCCUGGAUGUAGGAUUUCACAGAGGCAGAAAUGUCUUUCUGUUGCACGCUGGACCUCAGGCUUUGACUGCUGUGGCCUCUCAUCCCAUUUGUUCUCUACCUACCUGGCCCCUGUCCCACUCAGCCCUUCUCUUGCUCCCAAACUACACCGGGGAGUCUACUUUCAACCCUUGGUGCAUGUCAGACCACUUGAGCACUGGUGCUGCUGGCCCACGCUGAGUCUGCAGGCGGGUGGCUGGCUCAUCUCUGCCUCCCAGCUGUGCGACAGCUGGGGACUUGAUGUUGGAUACUCUUCUUCAGUCCUGGGGGCUAGAGCAGCUGGCUCUUUUUGCCUCAUAAGUCAGAUGUUAGCGAUCGCUCUGCCAACAGCGGGUUUUAUUGGAGUGACUCACAUUUCUUGUAACAAGGGAGCAGGCAGACAGUUGUUGGGUUCUGCUGGCCAGGGCUUCCCCCAUCAGCGGGUGGUGAUGACCCCUUCAGCUCACCUCUCACCCACACAUCUCAUCGCGGAGUGCAAGGCUCAUUCCUUAAAGGCCAGUAUGGCAAUGUGCCAACAUUUUGGUUUGGGUUCUUACAAUAAAGAAAUGUGUUUUUACCCUACAUUUCACCCCCAGCCGUUGCUCAUUCUGUCUAGACUUCCUGCCACCCCCAGCUCCCCUGUGGCUCUCCUCUUGCCAUUCCUCUUCACUCCAGCGUCCGGUGCUGGGAAGGCUGCCUUGCUCUCCACUCUGAGCAGCCCCUGAGUUGAGGAACAUGCUGAGCCCUGACUUUCCUUGGCCCCUAAUGUUGAAGCCACAGCCCUGCCCAGAGAAUGUGGCUGGGUCAUUCUGUGCCCCUGGAGGACACCAGGAGGACUGGGGGCCGGGGGGGCACCUGGAUCUGUGGCAUCUCUCCAGCGAGGUUUUUCCUAAGUUGCAUGAAAGCUCACCAUCGUGACUGUGGCUCUCUGUCCUCACUCAGUGCCAGCUAUGCUUCUGUUCCGAGCAUUGCUGAGAAACCCCAGGAAGGGUCAUUUCUUCCUGAUACAGAGGUGGGCACUUGGCCUAGGUACAGCAGAGGUUUGCGCUGUGUCUCUCAUUCUCUGUCUGCUUCCAUUAGGGACCUGUAGUUAGGGAAAGCAGAUGUAUAGUUUGACCUGCAGUCCUUUCUCAGGCCCGUCCACAUCCUGCUAAGGUGGGGAGUUCAGAUUAGCUGCAGAGUAUCACACUCAGAGAACGGGGCAAACACUGUGUUUUCUGCACUAGCUCCGCUGCUUAGUUCACUGCUUAUCAUCAGUGCCUGGGACAGCGCGUAGGAUGUGGAAGACAGCACAUGGUUUAAAAUAAGUGAAUGAACAAAUGAGCAAAGGGGAAAACCACACACCAGGAGAGAUGCUCAUCCGGUGUGCUGAGCACAGGGCUAACAUCAGCGUCUCCCAAACACUGUUGUCCUGUUUGCUGUUGUGUAACUGGGCAGUUGUAGAAGAUGUAGAAGCGUGGCUGUGGUGUCUUCUCCACAGGACGGAAGGGAACUUGCCCUGCUGAGAUUCUCUCUUGUCAACGAUCUUCAUUUCCAUUCUUCAUAAGACACUAGAAACUAAAACCAUGAAAUAAUAUGAUUUAAAUCCCGAUCAUACAGCCUUCUUUUAGUUAGUAGUGGUAUUUCCCAGUCACAGUUACCUUGUACUAUACUGAAACAAGACCACUGGAAGGAAAUGGUGCUAGAGCUAGUGACAUCUGUUUCAGCAGCUGAGUUGGCAAACAGCUGGGCAAAUGCCAUCUCACUCCAAAGCCCAGGGCAGAUAGUAGGGCUCACUGAGCCUGCUUGUCCUGUUUUCUUUCCACUAGAGUUUCCAUUGUUAUGUUCUAAGAUUGGAGGCCAGCGCCACAGGACAUCUGUUGGCUCUGCCUGCUGCACCCUCGACAGCUGUCCGCGAUUCCUUGGUUGUCCUUGAUUGUUGUGUACACUGGGCAUGUCUCACAUUCAAUGGAUUUAGAGUUCUAAAUAGUAAUUGUGUUCUUUAAAAAAAAUUGAGGUUUUAUUUUAUCCAUAAUAGAAUAGAACUCAUUAGAUUUUCUUAUUCUACACAAGAUGAAAAAAUUUGCAUUGUCAUUAGACAUAUUAUUAUUUCUUUCCAAAAUUGUUUACCUUUAAAUAAAGUUUUAUUUAACUAUUAACUGGUUUAUCUCUGUUACUACAUGAUUGUUCCAGAUUUGAGAGACAAAAUAAAAUUAAUAUUUUCAAAACAA